GAGUUUGAGCUACUUCACCCACAACGUUCGAGUGCACUAGAUAUGAAAUCUGGAACAAAUUAAAGCACAUAAAGUUUUGGGUUUGUUUUGUUUGUUUGUUUGUUUUUGUUUUGUUUUGGGUUAUGAGUUGAGCCCUAAAGAACAAGCGGUUUGGGAUCUCGUCCGGGUCUCGCCUGGACUUUGGUUUUCCUGCAUUCUUCUUUGUUACAGAAACUGAUGCUUCUUCCUUCUCACGUGAAAACUUCCUGACUUCUUGGUUUGAUUUGAGCCUUUAAAGUGAAGGCAAUCUCCUCAUCAUGUCCUGUGACUCGGACCCUUAUAUCUUCACCACCGACACCCUCCCUAGUGACCUCCGCUUCCUCCCUCCGCUUGCGAAUGGCCACCUGGGCUGGAGGGUGUACAAUAAUAUCAUGCACAUGGGGGGCGUUUAUAAUGGGGAGGGUGGGCGCUGCCACAGAGCAGAUGUCCCCUGCCCUCUAGCUGUUAAGGUGGAGCUAGAGGAACCUGUCCAACAUACCUACAGCCUGGACACCCACAAAGGCAUUUUUAUUCACACUCUGAGCUCCGCUAGCGCCACUGCCACACAGUCUUUGUACUCUCACCGACACUACCCCAACCUGAUGGUGAUGGAGAUCCUGCUGGAGCGUCAGGUGACCUCACAGGAGCCCGUCACGGUUAAGCUGGUCAGCUCAUUCACACCUCAAAGCAAAGACAUCAGGUUUGAGGGUCUAAAGUUCCCGUGGGAGAGUGCUGUGUCAGGGAGAGAGGUGUGUCCAGAGGACAUUUAUGGACAACAAGAGAUUCACAUCAACGGAGAUGUCACAUUGGCUUUCCGGCACUAUCUCUACCUCACCGAGGAUCUGUCCAUGUUCAGAGAGGGACUGGGCAGCGAGGUCAUCUAUGGUGUGGCUGAUUACUGGGUUUCAAGGGUAACCUGGAAGCCCGAGGACCAGAAAUAUCACCUAGAUGGUGUCAUGCCACCCGAUGAAUAUUACUACAAUGUCAAUGACUCUGUGUACACAAACACAGUGGCCAAGCUUGGUCUUCAGUUUGCUGUUGAACUGGCUGAACUCCUUCAGCACCCUGCGCCGAAAGAAUGGCAAGCAGUGGCCGAAUACAUUAAGAUACCUUUUGACGAAGAGCAUCAGUACCACCCUGAGUACGACGGCUACAUUAAAGGGCAUCCCGUGAAGCAGGCGGACACAGUGUUGCUGGGAUAUCCUCUUGGAUUGCCGAUGUCCCCAGAGGUUAGAAGGAAUGACCUUGAAGCAUAUGAGCCAGUGACAAACCCUCACGGUCCAGCCAUGACAUGGGGGAUGUUUGCAAUCGGCUGGCUGGAGCUCGGGGAGGCUGAGAAAGCUCAGCUUUUACUUGAAAAGUGCUUCAACAACAUCCAGGGCCCGUUCCAGGUAUGGAGUGAAUCAUCCGAUGGCUCCGGUGCAGUCAACUUUCUCACAGGUAUGGGAGGAUUUCUGCAAGCUGUGCUGUUUGGCUACACCGGUUUUAGAGUUCAGAAGGACUGCUUGGCAUUCUCGCCACUGCUUCCCAACGACGUCUGCGAGCUUUGUGUCCGUGGUGUGAACUACCUGGGCAGCCAGAUGGACUGGCUGCUGAGGAAGGAAGAAGUCUGUAUCAUACUGAGGGAACAGGAAGGCAGUCCAGGCAACACUAAGCCCUGUAAUUUACAAGUUGUCCUGAAGGCAUCAGGAACUAAAAUCCCCCUCACACCAGGGCAGCCGGUAACUUUCCCUCGAGAGCCCGGAUACGUUUGCAAACUGAUUUCAUCUGCUUCCUGCUGGCUUUUCUGAAACCUGAGCACCGAUCCUCCGAAACAUUUCACAUGCUGACAGUUGAAAGCAUAUUAUUUGUUUUUAUUAUAUUUUGCUUGAUUUACUAAAUGUAUGGAAUAAAGAAGGGCAGUGUUAAUUUAAGUCCCCCAGCAGCUACGGAUCUGAGCAGGGCAACAAAUAAUACACUGAUGGAUUUGUGUAAUAUUUGUGGACUUUUAAAGUUAAUUUAAAAAAUACAGAGAAACUUUGAGUCUAAAUUACUGAGUUAUUGAAGUUUGUGAUGUCAAAGGAAAUAUGAUUAUCAGAGUUAUUAAAAUUACGUAUUUUUAUUUAGUGUUUUUGUUUUAGUUUUGAAUCUCUUCCUUUCACUUUAGUUCAGAGCAGCUUUGACAUUUGAGUUUAAUCUUUGUAAGUUUUUUUUAUAUUUUAUGUAUGCUAAUUGUCCUUGAUCAAGAUGGGACUCACCAGGCACCGCAUUGUAACAAUAUUAUCACUUGAUUUAACUCACGAUAUGAUACUAUAGCAAUUUUAAACAUUUUGUCAUAUGCAGAGUAUUGCAGUAACAUUUACUGUGAUUUACCAACGGGAGUAUUAUCAGAAUACAAGCCGCUGGCAGCCAGUUGAGUCGGGUCCCCUCAAGUUUGUUUGUUAAUCAAGACUCAGACAUCUGGAGACUGAUGGCAACAUGUUCGCCAUCUGUCUGCAUUUAUA